AAAGCAGUGCAGUCCAGUGACGACGGCGUCAUGUCAGGGGACGCCCUGGUGGCUCUGGCCCAGAACUGCACCCUCAUGCACAAUGUGCUGGGCCCGGCCUGCAUCUUUCUCCGCAAGGGCUUCGCAGAAAGCCGCCAGACUGACCGAGAGCUGAGACCAGAGGAGCUGGACGAGCUGCGGGAGGCCUUUAAGGAGUUUGAUAAGGAUAAGGACGGCUUCAUCGGGUGUAAGGACCUGGGUAACUGCAUGAGGACUAUGGGAUACAUGCCCACAGAGAUGGAACUGAUUGAGCUCAGCCAACAGAUCAACAUGAACUUGGGCGGGCACGUGGACUUUGAGGACUUCGUGGAGCUGAUGGGACCCAAACUCCUGGCGGAGACUGCGGACAUGAUCGGCGUGAAGGAGCUGAGGGACGCGUUUAAGGAGUUUGACACCAAUGGUGACGGCCAGAUCAGCACGGCAGAACUACGAGAGGCCAUGAAGAAACUGUUAGGACAACAGGUUGGUCACAGAGAUCUAGAAGACAUCUUACGGGAUAUUGAUCUGAAUGGAGAUGGGCACGUAGACUUUGAAGAGUUUGUGCGGAUGAUGUCCCGCUGA